UGUGAGAAAAGCAGGGGCGGCAGAGGAGAGAGGGGUACUGAGGGUUACAGAACCAGUCAUAGUUCCCCAGGAACUGACAUUUAAGUCUGUCUGUGUCCAGGACACCUGAGUGUGGCCUCAGUGGAAGCUCCCAGCCAUCAUGGUUCUUCUGCUCAUGUCUGUGACUGUGCUUCAUCUUUUCACUCUGGCCAUGCUGUUCAUCGCCACCAUGGAGAAGUUCUGGUGGAUUUGGUCCGAUGCUGAAAUCACAGACCUCUGGUCUAACUGCAUUCACGACAACGCAACGGGAAACUGGCUGUGUGCUGCCUCUAAUGAAAAUGACUGGCUGCAGGCAGUCCAGUCCCUGACUGUCCUCUCAGUGGUCUUUUCCUCUAUCUCCUUCCUGGUCUUCCUGGGUCAGCUCUUCACCAUGUCUAAAGGAGGGCUCUUCUAUUUCACAGGCCUCUGUCAGGUUUUUGCAGGUUUCACAUCAUUUGCCGCCUGUCUGAUCUUCACAUUCCACCGCAAGAAGAUCCUGGACGACACCAGAGACCUGAGCAUUGGCCACUUUGGCUACUGUUUCAUUCUGGCCUGGUCCUGUGUACCGCUCUUGCUCUUCAGUGGAGUCCUGUAUGUUCACCUGCGCAAGAGGCAGUGAACUAAGACAUACAUGAACAGCAUUAUUCAGUAUUACUCUGUAUUGUUAGUCUAUUAUCACUUGACUGUACACUCUUAGAAACAGGGUUCCAAAAGGAAUCUUCAGCUGUCUCCAUAGGAUAACCAUUUUUGGUUCCACUUAGAACCCUCUGUGGAAUACAUUCUACAUGGAACCCAAAAGGGUUCUACCUGGAACCAAAAAUAGUUAUUCAAAGGGUUCUACUAUGGGGCCAGCUGAAGGACCCUUUUAGGUUCUAGAUAGCACUCUUUGUCUAAAGUGUAGUGAACAACAGAGACACAAUGUACGAUGUCUUUAUUUUAUCUGUGUUAAAUGUAUAUAUGUAUUGUGUACAAACAGUACUAUUACUGUAUCUGUGAAAUACUUUAAAUUGAGUCUUCAUUUUAUAGACUAUUCUUUACUGUAUGCAAUAUUGCUUCAGUUUGGGUUAAUUCGGUCAUUUCUGUGAUGAAGUAUUUGUUUGCAUAAAAUCUUCCUCGUGAUCAGCAAGACAUGCCUCAAGAUAUGCCUCAAGACAUGCCUCAAGACAUGCCUCAAGACAUGCCUCAAGACAUGGAAUUAACUGGAGAGUGGCUGUCGUGCGUUCAAUUCCCCUGUGAAAUAUUGUUCAUCUGAAUAUGUAAUACUCCACACCACAUGCCCAUUGUGGAGCUCCAGUAUGCCACACUAUAAUAAGCCCAGUAGGCUGUGCCAGAAAUAUGUUCUUUACAUUUCAGAGACACUCCUGUGAAGGGGCAGUCAUAGUUGGCCACCACAUUAUAUUAUCUUACUGUAUAGAUCAUGUCAAAUAGCAUCAAUCUCUAAAUAAAAGUUACCCUCAGUAACAA